AUAUAUGAUAAUACUGUUAGUAAUAGUCGGAAAUUUAUUUCUAGAUAUUAUAUGAAAAUUUACUUUAACAUUAUCUCGUAUGUGGGACCUUAUUGUAUCGGGAUACUAUUGGCGAAAUAUUAUAACAAAUACCUGAAUAAGAGUCACAUAAACAAUAAAUACUGUUCAAUCUUAUGGAGAUUAUGUAUGGCAACAAUGACCAUGAUCAUACUGAUUACUUUUUUGUAUGCAAGUCAAUCCAUGCCAUCGGAUAAUAUGUUGAGUGCAUUGUAUGCCUCAAUCCAUUGCAUACUAUGGUGUAUAUGUAUGGCGUAUAUAAUAUACACGUGUGGGACGGAUGGGGCACCGGUGCUCAACGGCAUACUGUUGUGGAAGGGAUGGCAAAUUAUUAGUAAACUGACUUAUCAGUUAUUGGAGUCCAUAUCGGGAUUUUUCACUAAACCAUUCCUGUGUGCUAUUGUUUGUCCAACACUUCAGUGUCGGCCGGACUUAAUCUUGGUAUACAUAUCCCGAGAUUCAGGGAUUGGAGUGAAGCCUAGUUCCGGUUCGACCAGUCCCGACCUACCGGUGCGAUACAAACGACAGUCCUUUCUAGUGCUUCGUGUUCGCUAA